CAUGAGAGAGACAGUGGUGUGUGGGUAAAGGGCUGGUUAGUUAUAAUAGUUAUUUUAAUUUCAUUUUGUUUUAGGUUUGUGUGCAAUGGGAAUUAGAAUGUAAAAAAAUGAAUGUGAGUGUGAAUGUUGUCUGUCUAUCUGUGUUGGCCCUGCGAUGAUUUGUCCAGGGUGUACACCGCCUUCCGUCCGAUUGUAGCUGCGAUAGGCUCCAGCACCCCCCGCGACCCCGAAGGGAAUAAGCGGUAGUAAAUGGAUGGAUGGAUGAAAAAAUACUGUUUGACUCUCACUCCGGAGCAGAAGGUGGCGGUAUCACACCCUUCAACAUGGCUAUCAACCGCCUUGAAACUCAAGGAAGAUAAAGAAAGAAAACAAAGAACAUGGCGGCGUUGUUUCGAGCUCUACGUGCUGGAAGGGCACUCCGGGGGCUCGGGAGCGGUCUGGCAGCACCAGCAGCAAAACCUCCGUGUGUUGGUCUUAAAACAGGCUUCCACCGUACAGCAUUUAUUCUUCAGGAUGAGUUCAAAUCCAGCAAACACUCUGACCAGGACCUGACAGCAGGGACUACACUUAAAGACUCCAUAUCCAACCCAGACGCUGAGGAGUCGAGCAGACCAAACACUAGCUACCAGGAUCAGACUGAUGAGGAUGGUGAGCAGUACGAAUCAGAGGAGCAGCUUCAAGCUCGAAUCCUUGGCGCUGCUUUGGAGUUUGUCCCGCAGCAUGGCUGGACCGUUGAGGCUAUCGCGGCUGGUGCUGAGACACUCGGCCUGUCGUCUGCUUCAACUGGUAUGUUUUACAACGGUGCUGGAGACUUGGUGCUGCAUUUCGUGGCUCAGUGCAAUUCACAACUGGCAGAGAUCCUCGCAGAACAACACAAGCAGGUCCAGCUAGGACAAGCGGAACCAAAGAAAACUGCUGAUUUUCUAAGGGAUGGAGUGGAGACCAGACUUCGGAUGCACAUCCCUUACAUAGAAACUUGGCCACAGGCCAUGAGCAUCCUGCUCCUGCCUCAUAACAUCCCUGAAGCUCUGAAACAUUUGUCCACCCUGGUGGACGACAUCUGGUAUCAUGCAGGAGACCGAUCCACAGACAUGAACUGGUACAGAAAAAGAGCAGCCUUGACUGGCAUCUUUAACACCACUGAGCUAGUGAUGCUUCAGGAUUCCUCCCCAGACUUUCAGGACACUUGGCUCUUCCUUGACAACCGCAUCCAGGAUGCAGUUAACAUGGCCACAACUGUAGAACAGGUGCAGUCAACAGGUGAAGCGGUGGUGCAGGGUCUCAUGGGUGCUGCUUUAACGGUGAGGUCCCGCCUCUAGUGACCGCACGUCACUGCUACAAACCCAGACUGGUCCAUCAGAUUUCCAGAUGGAAAAGCGUGAUUCAUCACUCCAGAGAAGGCGUCUCCACUGCUCUAGAGUCCAGUGACAACGUGCUUUACACCACUGCAUCCCACGCUUUGCAUUGGACUUUGUGAUGUAUGGCUUAGAUGCAGUUGUUCGGCCAUGGAAACCCAUUCCAUGAAGCUCUCUGCGUACUGUACGUGGGCUAAUUGGAAGGUCACAUGAAGUUUGGAGCUCUGUAGCAACUGACUGUGCAGAAAGUCUUUGCACUAUGCGCUUCAGCAUCCGCUGACCCCCUUCUGUCAGUUUACAUGGCCUACCACUUGGUGACUGACUUGCUGUUUGUUGUUCCCAAACUCUUCACUUUUCUUAUAAUAAAGUUGACUUUGGAAUAUUUAGGAGCGAGGAAA